AUGGACGCCGCUGCAAACAUAUUGCAGCCGUAUAAAGAGAUCAUCGGCCAUGUUACUAAAAUAAUGACCGUGGCUCGCAUGUUAUCCGGAUCUUUAAUCUGUUGGGAUAUUUACAAGCAAGGCAGUACAAGAGGCAUUGGGAUUAUGCCUUUCCUUCUUGGUCUGGCAUUAAGUAUUCUUAAUUUUAAAUACGGCUCUAUAAUUCGUGACAACCCAGUUAUCCAAGUCGGCAUGAUGGGUGCAGUUCUUAACGCCAUCUAUUGCCUUUUCUACUUCUAUUACACCCAGAGAAAGGUGAAAAUCUGUGCACAGUUUGGUAUGAUGGGCUCUCUAACAGUCGCUCUCAUAGGAUAUGCUCAAAUAGAAGAUCCAGGUUUAGUACAAAAAAGAUUUGGACUGCUUAUCACUGUGUUUUUCUUAACACUGAUUGCGUCACCGCUUCUACAAUUAAAAAAUGUUAUCAAUAAUCAGACCACAGAAGGUUUGCCAUUCCCCUUCAUAUUGUCAGGUGCAACCAUAACCUUUACGUGGUUGAUAUAUGGAGUUAUUCUCAGAAAUGAGGUCAUAGUCAUUCAAAACACAAUCGCGUUUUUGUUAUCAUUGCUUCAGUUGUCGUUAUUCGCCAUCUAUCCUUCUAAACAUAGAAGAAAACAUAGAAACAGCGUACGGAAGAAAACAAACUAA